CCCCUGUUGCAAAAUCGUAAAAAUCAAAUUGAAAAAACCCUAACUAAAAGCUUUCUCCUUUCUGACUGUGUGUUCUCCAACUGCCCACGUCGACGUUUGCCGUUCCCGAUCUCGUCGCCGUCGUCUCAGUCUUGCGUCGUCUUCGUCUUGUGUUGAAAUGUGUUGUCUCGUGCUGUCUCAACGCACUCUAGCCGUUCUUCUUCGUCUUCGAAUUUUAUCAGGAGCAUCCUGAGAAUCUAAGACUCACCGGCCAUCGCUAAUUUAAUCCUCGUUGAUAGAGAUGGAAUAUGUAAGCCCUGAAGGACUUCGAUUGGAUGGUCGCCGCCCUAUGGAAAUGAGGCAACUACGAGCUGAGAUUGGUGUCAUUGCCAAAGCAGAUGGUUCUGCUAUGUUUGAGAUGGGUAACACAAAAGUCAUUGCUGCUGUCUAUGGCCCAAGAGAGGUUCAAAAUAGGAGCCAGCAAAUUACUGACCAAGCACUGGUGCGCUGUGAGUACAGCAUGGCUAAUUUUAGUACUGGAGAUCGUAUGAGAAAACCGAAGGGUGACAGGCGAUCAACAGAGAUAUCUCUUGUUAUUCGUCAGACAAUGGAAGCAUGCAUAUUGACCAAUUUAAUGCCUCGUUCUCAGAUAGAUAUUUUUGUACAAGUUCUACAAGCAGAUGGAGGAACUCGAUCUGCAUGUAUUCAUGCUUGCGACAUUAGCGCUUGCAGAUGCUGGGAUUCCAAUGCGUGA